AUGGCAUGGUUUUCGCAGUUAACUAAUAGGGUUGCUCAGAUGUACAAAACAUUCCAAGGUGCUGGAUGCACGAGUGAUUAUCAUAGAGCAAAAACUGAAAUUGAACAGAAAAUUGACGAUCUUUAUAAAGUACCAAGACAGUUCUGUAAAAAGUGCAAAGACCUAAAAAAAAAUAUAGAUCAAAAAAAUACAGAAUUACAGCGAUGUUAUAAUUCAUCGAAACUAAUAUCAAUUGUAAGCACUGAUAAUAUAAAAAAUUUUAUAAAAGCUUGUCCUGAUUUUAAUUGUCGUAACCCUACCAUAACUCAUAAUAAACCUGUUAAAUUAAAUCAACGAAAUGAAAAUCCCUGUAGCGUAGGUGGGAGAUGUACAGAAAAAGUAGCUCCCCCCAAAGCACAAAAAGAUAAACCAUCACCAGCAUUAGGUGUAGAAAACUCUAAAGCUAAAAGUCUAGGAGGAAAAGCUUCCCUAGAUCAAGAUCAACGCCAUUCUGUUGCAGAUGUAAAUGCACUAUCUCGACCCCAAACAAAGGCUUCUGAUAGUUAUCUUGGUACUGAACAUGAAGUGUCUGAAACAACAGUUAAUCAUCCUUCUGGUAAACCUGAAAGCUUAGUUUUGCAGGCACAACCCUUAUCCGUCCAAUCUACUUCACCAAGCAGUGAAUUAAAUAUUUCUUCUAGUGCAUUUUCAUCGCAAAGUACCUUGACUGGCGAUUCUGUUUCAAGUAGCAAUUCCCAAGUAGAGCGUUUAACCAAUGGUACUUCUGAAGAGAAUCAAGUUGUCGAUCGAAAUGUACGUGAUAAUCAAGCUCAAGAACAUUUUGUUGAUGUUGAAAGUUCUAUUCUUGAAGUUCCUGUUGAAAAUACUGCUACAGUUAGAGAACAUAUUAAUGGAGAUAUUCUUAAACAAGAUAUGGAUAAAGAAGUUGCUAGUAACAAGGGAUUUAUUACUGUGUCUCCUGACGGGUUAGCUUCUAGUUAUGGAGUUGUUGGUGUUCAAGAUGGAAGUGGCACAGGUGAUGGUGGUAUAACUGCUCAUACUUUAAAUUCAGAUAGUGGAGGCGAUAAUUAUGAUACUAAGCGUAAUGAAAUUGGUGUUCAUACUAAGAUUCCUGAUUUUAAAGCAGCUGGUGAUGAACCACGUAGCAAUGAACAUUCAUAUAUUGGACAUACUUAUAGCACAGAAAAAGGUAAUGAAUUAACUAAUGACAAAUCAGAUAUAUUUGGUAAAAUUUUCGAAGUAAUAUCAAAUAAAGAUCAUAUCAUACAGGCUUCAGCACCCAUGGGAAUUGUUAUGUUAUUGGGCCUUCUUUUUAAAUUCACUCCUUUGUGGAGGGUUCUUACUAAAAAGAAUAGGAAGAAAGGAGCAGGUAUCAAUGAAGAAUUGAAUAGUGUAUUACAAGAACCUUCAAUUAUGGAUGACGAAAGAAGUAUCCCAUUUUCAUAUGGUGCUUUUGAAUAUUCAACAUUUGAUCAAAAUGUAUAUUAA